GACUCCGUUUCCGGUCGCGCUUUCCCGGAAGCGGCGAGUCCGGGCUAUGAGUCGCAAGAGACAGCUCCUGGCUUCUGAGGCCUUUGGAGUGAAGCGGCGUCGGGCGCCGGGGCCCGGGAGAGCGGAUCCUCUGAGGGCGGGCGCAGGGUCCGCGCGCGAGGCGGUGGAGGAGCUGGCGCGGCUGUUCCCCCGGGGGCUGUUCGAGGACGCGCUGCCGCCCAUCGCGCUGAGGAGCCAGGUGUACAGCCUCGUGCCGGACCGGACGGUGGCCGACCUGCAGCUGAAGGAGCUUCAAGAGCGGGGAGAGAUCAAGAUCAUCCAGCUAGGCUUUGACUUGGAUGCUCAUGGAAUUGUCUUCACUGAAGACUACAGGACUAGAGUCCUGAAGGCCUGUGAUGGCCGACCGUGUGCUGCAGCAGUGCAGAAGUUCCUGGCCUCAGUACUCCCAGCCUGUGGGGACCUUAGUUUACAACAGGACCAGAUGACGCAGACUUAUGGCUUCAGGGACUCGGAAAUCACGCACCUGGUGAACGCUGGAGUCCUCACUGUCCGAGAUGCUGGGAGCUGGUGGCUGGCUGUGCCUGGAGCGGGGAGAUUCAUCAAGUGCUUUGUGAAAGGGCGCCAGGCUGUACUCAGCAUGGUGCGGAAGGCCAAAUACCGGGAACUUCUCCUGUCGGAGCUGCUGGGCCGCAGGCCCCCUUCGGCAGUGCGGCUCGGCCUUGCCUACCAUGUGCAUGACGUCAUUGGGGCCCAGCUAGUGGACUGUGUCCCCACCAGUUCUGGAACCCUCCUUCGCCUUCCGGAUACGUGAGGAGUCAACUCUUGGAUUCUGUAACUCACUGAGUGACAUUCCUGGCAGCGCUGCCCCGGGUGGCUGGAUGGUGCCAGGCUCUGAUGCGGCAGUGGUCCCACCUGACUGCACUGCACUGCACCUCUGUGCUUCUGUGGUGUGGAGCCAGGGCCCUACCAAGGGGACAGGAAGGUGGAGGGAGCAGAAAACUGGCCUCCGCUCCGGGUCAGCUAGAAAUUGCCAAA